AUGGUAUCCGUCCCGAGCGAACCACCGUACUACGAGGGGCCAAAGAAGGGCUCCAAGUUCUUGACCACCUUUGCGCGCCGCCUGCGCAUUGGCAAGGGAUCGAAGGGGAAGGCCGCCGGUGGCAACGGAGGCUCCGUGCUCGAGCCGGACUCUGAAGAGGAGUUGGUGAUCCUGCGUCAUGCCACCAGCCCGGACGAUGCGCUCACCGGGGGCAGCUCCGGAGCCGAAUCCUCCACGAUGGUGCUGAUGGUUCCGGUGAGCGGAACGGUGGCCGCCAGCGCCCCACCACCCUUCAAGCGUGCCAACUCGUUCCGCCAAAGCCUUAGCUUCCUGCUGAAGCGCAACCGACCGAAGCUGACCGAGCGAUCCUGCACCAGCGAUAGCGACGUGGUGCACGAGCUGGACGAGGAUAUGGCCAACGCAAGGGUCGGUGCGAGACGGCCCGUCCUAGAUGCGUUCCUCCCCGAGCAGGUGCCGGCCAAACGGCACAGCACCGGAGACAUCUUCAACGAAGACCUGGACGCCGACGUGCGCGCUGGGGCCCAAUCGCUACGGGUUGCCGGAACCCGUCAUCGGAGGGUUCAUUCGGACUCUACGAGCUACGGACGGACGGGCGGGGCUGCGGGUGCCAAGGGAACGCCGGCGAUAACGCUCAACGUGCCCAUCAUCAACCUUCCAAAGUCUGCCAACAGCGUUGGACUAGGGACGCGACCGUUGCCGCUGUCUUCCACGAUAGAGCCCCUCAGCAGCGUGGAUACCCCCGGGCAACCGGAGGGUGCGGCCCAUCCGAAUGCCCUCUCCCGCAGCCCUAGUCAUACGACCUCCAAAAGCGAUCCCAAAUCCCUCAAGUCGCUAUCGCCGUCGGCCCGAUCGUCGGCCACCAUCCGCAGCUCUAGUCCACAUCCGCUGAAGUCGUUCAGCAGUACGCGCGACACGGUCGAUAAGCUCGAAAAGUCCGAGAAACACCACAAGAAGAAGGAGGGCGGCAUGUCAUGGGAGCAGAAAAAGUUUGCCCAACACUUUGCCCAGGUGCCGGACGAGGAGGCGGUGCUAGAUUACUUUUCCUGUGCUCUGGUCGGUGAUAUUCUGCUCCAGGGAUAUCUGUACAUUACGCAGAACUACUUCGCCUUCUACUCGAAUGUGUUCGGCUACGUGACGAAGCUUCUCAUCCCAACCGUCUCAGUGUUGGAUAUAUCGCGCGAAAAAACGGCCUACAUGUUCCCGAAUGCGGUCGGCGUAAAGACACGCGAUGACCGGCACGUGUUCGGUAGCUUCCUGAGCCGGGAGGCUGCCUACUACCUGAUGUGUAGCGUGUGGGAGCGCGCGACCUCGCCGCAAAACGGAGAUUCGUUCAGCACGAUCCAGCACAGUCGGUUGGCGCCGUUGCACGCGGAGGGUUCGGAAGGCUCGCUGGACGAGGACAGUAGCUGCUACGAUGGCAACGAGAGCUCGUUCCAUGGCAAGGACGAGAUACCGGACAUGCUGGAUUCGGGCGACUCGAACGAGAAGCAGCUGAACGCCACGGAAGGUGGCGGCACCAACCAGUCCUCCGAUGAUUCCGUUACACUGCAGAAGCAGAAGAAAAUCAAAAAGGAACUGCUGCUCAAAUCACCGGCGAUAGUGAAAAGCCCCGCCAUGCUGAAGGUGGCCGUCGCAGCCGGAGCCCUCGAGGGUAUGAAGGGCGAAAAGUCUAUUCCCAUGCUGGCGGCUAGCCUCGCUGGAGAGCCCGGAACAACCCGGAUCGUUGGGUCCUCCUACGGUGGUGACCAUCCGCUGGCUGGUGGCCGCAGUGCUGGCGGCAGAAGUAAAUUCGCCAUGUUCAAGCAGAAACUCCGGCACAUCCUUCCCUCCGAUUUUGGUAUUAUACACAUAGGAUUAAUAUUAGCUUUCCUGCUGGCCCUAUUUUCCUGCUUCCUGGCCUACAAGAUACAUGUGCUGCAGGCGCGCCUUGCCGCGCCCCGCAUCCGAUUGGGUGAUGAUACGGAUUUCUAUCUCGAUGUGCUCCGGUGGCAAAAGCGGUUGCAUAGCAAAAGCAAAGAGGAGGCCCAGAUCGUACUCAACACCAACCUGGAGCAGAUCAUUCGGGUGCGCAAGAGCUUGGAAACGCUGUCGCUAUUGAUUCAAGAUACACCCUCACCGUUGGACGGAAGCGGAGACUUCGGUCUGCUCGACGAGUCCGAACGAAUCGGGUCCAUGGCGAUGGCCAGCAGCAGCAUCCUGGAGGACAGUGGAGGCAGCGUUAAGCAGCAGUACUUCCACGAGGACGCCACAUAACCAGCUUAACCCGGUGUACUACCAGCAUGUUCCCUUCCUAGAUAGCGGAUUGCGCUUUUAUGGGAAACUGUCAGCGUUAGGGAGCAGAACCGGAGAGAGAAACAGAGAGACAAAUACUGAACGUGGAUGGAUGGGGAUGGAUAACGAAGUGGUAAAGUGAUACGGUGGAGCGUGUGCCGGUGCAACGGUGCACCCGGCGCCAGUGCGCGCAUGUGUGAUUUUGUACAUUUAACAAAAAUUUCGUUGUUGACGGUAAUUUAUUAUUUUUUUGUGUGAAGAUUACUUUGAUACCUAAUUUAAUGGAGCGGACUAGAAAACAGAAAACAGAAAACGAAACGAAACGUUUCGAAAAAGAUUAAAAACAAGAAAAAUAAGAAGAAAUACAGUACGACAUACAGUAAGAAUAAGUUAUACGGUUAAGAGUUCUUAAAGAAAAACAAAAACUGUCUUACAUAAGCAUACCGGUUAUUUUGUUUAUGCAGGAAAAUGGGUUACACAAAACAAUACACACGGACACACACGGGAAUGGAAUGUUCAUCGUGAACAUGCAUUUAAGGCAAUGAGGGUAAUGGAACCGUAUAUUUAUGCUUUGUUUUCCACUAUAUGACAAACUCCAAUGGAAGAUGGUUUAAGAGCGUUAGGCAGAUAGGAAGUCCCUUUUUUAAACAGUUACAAAAAAUGCCAAACAAUUCAUAACGUCGAACGAAAGCUAAGGAAACACCAACGCAUCCAAGUAAAAGCAUCCAUCGUACGACACGUUAAACGGGCAGAAUCCAUCUGCUCCGGUCGUAGACACGCAAAGUAGUUCCUUGCCAGACCCUCAGCAGAAAACCCGUUAGUUAGCAGAGUAACGACGCAAUGCGCAAAUAUUACUUUUUUACAAUUGCCUUUUUUCCUGUGCCGAUGAUGAAAGUGCGAUGGCGUGAGGGUUAUAGCACGUUUAGUCAACCAACCAAUCCAUGCGGCAGCGUUUGCUUUUGCGCUAACCCCUUCAACAAAUCCCGCCGCAAAUAGACAAAAUGUUUAUACAUAUAAAACCUACCCACGCAGGACAGACAGACACAACCACACAUAGUUACCUCGGAAUAAUGUUCGCCCCGUUUUUGCAAGAGCGUGACAUAGGAGGAUUUUUUUGAAUCAUUUACCUCGAGAUAUGGUACGCCGAUUAGAAAAUUUGAUACAAACGAAGAACCAAACAAAUGAACAAAAAACAAAAAACAAACAAACAAACAAAAAUGCAUCCUUGAAGAACACGGAAAUGGAUCGAGACAAGGAUGGGGGUUUGUUCAACCAUCGUAGAGAAACGUGAAUUGUUCAGAGCUUAGGAAAAUUUCAUUUACUUGGUUGUAAACUCAGCAGUAACUGUGACCAUAUUUUUUUCAUUCUACCCCUGAGCUAUGGUCAAUUUUGUAAUAUAAAACUAUAAUUUCCUUUAGCAUCGCGAUAAACCCUUAAAUUGUGCGUGAAAGUUAGAAAUAGAAGACACAGAAACAAAUUAGGAAACACUACUCAAUCCACGGCUCAGCCCGCAAAGAGCCUAAUCGGUGCCAUACUGAUGGCGCUAGUGUGUCCCAAACACGUGUUCGAACGUGGAUAAACGGCGCACAGCAUAUAGAAGGUUUAGGGCUUUCCGUUUUAAAAAUUGUAACCUCACCAGGAAAAGUGUCAAUCUUCUUAAAGCCCGGCUGCCGGAUGAGUUUCACCCGAAGAUUUGGUGCGCACGAUUGAAAUUGUUCUUAUAAAGAACUGAAGUAAGUUUACAUCAUGGUCACGGUGCGCAUCUGUGUUUGCGCAUUUUAGGACCAUAACUAGAAAAGAAGCUGCCCUUGAUCAUGCUCCAAGAGUGCUUUUAUAAGUACUAGCCCCUUGUGGGGUCAAAGAACAAGUAAAAAUUGUGGUCCCGAUGACCGAACCGGCACAAUACGGCGCACAAUAACGAUUCUGCAUUUUGGUUCGGUUCGGUCGGACAUUGCCUGCUCGUUUUGGGGGCCGAACAAAAGAAAAAAGAAGAAGAAGAAAAGGAUAUAUAGAAUGAGAAGAAGACCAAAGGCAAAAGAAGGGACUUAAUUUCGUUGGAAGUGAUCAAAUCUAGUGAUUUAGAGUGGUUUAAAAACAGGAACUAACAGGAAUACACGAAAAACAAAUGUGGAAAAAAAAAAUACAACUGACUGUGAUAUGUAUGCAAAUACAUGGAAGCAAGGAAGCAAGCGAUCGUAUAUAGCGAAGCUAGAAAAAAACACUAACAAACAAGUCAGUCCCGCCUGAGGUCAAUCCCGGUGUGGGGAUGGUAUGGCAUAAUCCUCUACGAACAGGAAACCAACGGAACGCCUAGGAAAAAAAGGGAAAAGCAAUUAGUGAGGCAUAUAAAAAUUACAGAAUGCAAUCUAGGGAUCGAAAGUAGGCUUUAGGUAUCUCGUUUUUUUUUACAUCUAUGUCCAUUCGGGUACGGCUUUUCACGGUCACGUUUCCCGAAGCAGGUGUAUUGUAUAAUUACCGAUUGAUUUAAGUACCUCCCUUCUGUUUCUCCCGACAAACACACACGCUUAAUCCUGGAGAUCCGUAUCGGUUUUGUUAGUUUAGGAGGGUGAUCCUUGCUUUUUUUCUAUGUUGACGGUACGUCGUUAUGCAGUAGGAUUUAAAGACAAACGAACUAAUAAAACCCGUAACAUGAGCU